UAGGUGAAACAUUGGCUUUUACAUAAACUACAAUGCAGUUACAGCAAUUUAUAUAUAUUGUUUCUCACUGUUCCUUCUUUUGUUCUGUUUUAUUGCUGUUCUGCAGGAAGUUUGCAGUGUCUACAAAAAUUCCUGAUACAAAAUGGUGUCAAAAGUGCUGUGUCGUGAGGAAUCCUUAUACAAGCCAUAAAUAUCUGUGUGGAGCACUGCAGUCCAGCAUUAUAUUAUUAGAAUGGGUCGAACAGAUGCAGAAGUUUAUGUUAAUUAAGCACGUAGACUUUCCCCUGCCUUGUCCUCUCAUGAUGUUAGAGAUGCUUGUAGUCCCUGAACAAGAAUACCCUAUGAUCUGUGUUAGUGUCAGCCGAGGGACGGACUUCAAUCAAGUUGUACGGUUUGAAACAGUUAACCCCAACUCUACCUCUUCAUGGUUCACAGAAACAGAUACGCCGCAGACCGAUGUUGUACAGUUGACACAGCUGGAAAGGGAUACUAUACUUGUUUGUCUAGAUCGUUGCAUAAAAAUUGUAAAUCUUCAAGGAAGAUUAAAAUCAAGCAGAAAAUUAUCCUCAGAACUUACAUUUGAUUUUCAAAUAGAGUCCAUAGUUUGCCUACAAGACAGUGUUCUUGCUUUCUGGAAGCACGGGAUGCAAGGAAGAAGUUUUCGAUCAAAUGAAAUCACACAGGAAAUUUCAGAUAACACACGGAUAUUCCGCCUUCUUGGUUCUGACAGGGUUGUCGUUUUAGAAAGCAGGCCAACAGAUAACCCUACAGCCAACAGCAAUCUGUACAUCCUAGCUGGUCAUGAGAACAGCUACUGAGCAUGCCAUUGUUUGGAGAUAUCAAGAGAAUACUAUUGCAAUGUUAUCUGAUGCUUCAAGUCAGACAAACGCCACAGUAGUUUUGAGGUCAUGUUUUAUAGAUAUAUAAAUACAUAUAAGUAAUUUAUUGUGGCAUGAGACAAAGUUAAGGACAAUGUUGCUAUAACGUGGUAUGGAUACACUUAUUAAAGCCCUUUCACACAAGUGCUACAUUCACAAUUAUGUAAUUGUUUGUACAUAAAAGUAGAUUUAUUUCUCUCCCUUAUCUACGGGCUGACGUCAUAUAAGAAAUCCUAAUGUAGAUAGUGGUCCCUUAAUGAAGUACAAGUGUCUUAAUUGUACAGAUGUCAAGGUUGUCCGUGAACAAGAGAAUUGGGAAAGCCUAGCUAUUUAGUAAUUAAAGAGCAGUUUCUUCUAUUUGCUGCGCGUCUCAGCUACAUUAUAAAACUGCCGUGUGAAAAAAACAAAACACAAUGCAUAUAUUAACACUAUUGUAUUUUUUAUUCUAUGUAAUUUAGUAAUGCCAAUAUACAUUUUGUAAGUUUAAAAAAACAAAUCUGUAAUCUAUAAAGAGGGUUGUAAGCAUUUUUAUGAUACCCUUAACUUUAAUGCAAGUACACUGGCGUUUAUAUUUGCACAAAGUAUUGUUUUGUGAUGUAUUACGUCACAGAGUAAAGCAGUGACAGACUGAAGGUUGUUAAUAUCAUUUGUUUGCUUGCUUGUGUUACGUUUUAUAUGAGAUGUUGACAAAUGCAUUGGGGUGUUUAUAUAUAUAUAUAUAUAUAUAUAUAUAAAAUUCUGUAUACAGUAUAUACACACCCACGUGUGUAUGUGUGUGAAUACAUAUAUAUAAAAACAAAGCUAGGAUGUGCACUCUCACUGCGUCAAGCAACUGCCAGGGUGCUAGUGAGCUUUAAUAGAUACGAACAACAGUAAUCUUUCACUGUGAACAGCGACGUUGAGGGGACAAAGUAUCUCCUUCCUCAGGUCUGAGGAAGGGGAUACUUUGUCCCCGAAACGUCACUGUUCACAGUAAAAGAUUACUUUUGAAACGACCAUAGUGCAA